CUCUCUCUCCAAUACAUCACUCGCUCUCUUCAUCGCAUCAUCCUCUUUCGACCAUCUUUACUCUCUUUUUUUUCCAGUUUUCUCAACAAUAUUAAAACCUGUUGUAUCUUUUUUUUUCAAAUACUCAUGUUAAGAAAGACAAGAUCUUGAUGUUCAGACAUUAAUGUCUCCAGUGAUUAGCGAAGCACUUAGAUCUGGCUUAACUAUAGAUUCAUCUCUUAGACGCAGGACCCAUCUUGUUCAAUCUUUCUCCGUCGUUUUUCUUUACUGGUUCUAUGUUUUCUCAGAAAUCAUCUCUCCUUUAGCCAUAACAUAUAGCCUAUAAACUAUAUAUUAUAUCACCUUUCCAGAUAGUUUUUGUUUAACCUUAAUCUAUCAGGGUCCUGCGUCUUUUCAGUUGAACUAGUGUUUUUUUCGUGUCUUUUUUUAUUUUAUUUUAAUUUGGGUUGUUUGAUGAUGAAUAAACCGGAGAUGAGAUCGUGUAUGACCUGUAACUGGUCGCCGGUUUUAACGACCAGUUUACCAAACUCCGGUUCGGAGUCCGAUCUCGUGCAACGUGAUCUGAUCAACGAGCGGAAGAGGAAGAGGCUGGAGUCCAACAGAGAGUCGGCAAGGAGGUCGAGGAUGAGGAAGCGGGAGCAUCUGGUGGGUCUAACCACUCAGCUCGAGCAGCUGCGCAAGGAUAACCGCAAGGCCACCAUCGCGAUCGAUGUCACGACGGAGCACUACGACAAGAUGGAGGCGGAGAACUCCGUUAUGAGAGCUCAGGUGACCGAGCUAAACCAUCGCCUGAAUUCCCUCAACCAGAUCAUCGCUUUUCCAGAGUCUUACUCCUCCGCCGCCGGAGAGUUUGGGAUGGUGACGGGCCACUCCGCCGCCGGAGGGUUUGGAAUGGAGACGGGUCACUCCGCCGCUGAAGGUUUUGGGAUGGAGGCUGCUCCCUCCGCCGCCGGAGGGUUUGGGAUGGAGACGGGUCAGUCCGCCACCGGAGGUUUUGGGGUGCCGUCAGCUCCCUCCGCCGCCGGAGGAUUUGAGAUGGAGACGGGUGAUUACGCCGCCGGAGGAUUUGGGAUGGCGACAGCUCCCUCCGCCGCCGGAGUAUUUGGAAUGGCGACUGCUCCCUCCGCCGCCGGAGGAUUUGAGAUGGACACCGCCGCUGGAGGAUUUGGGGUGGCGACAGUUCCCUCCGCCGCCGGAGUAUUUGGAAUGGAGAAUGCUCCCUCCGCCGCCGCCGGAGGAUUUGAGAUGGAGACGGGCUACACCGCCGCCGGAGGAUUUGGGGUGGCGACAGUUCCCUCCGCCGCCGGAGUAUUUGGAAUGGAGAAUGCUCCCUCCGCCGCCGCCGGAGGAUUUGAGAUGGAGACUUGUCAGGGAGGAGGAGUAACCGAUUACGUCGAUGACUGGAGUAGCGGAGGAGGAGGUGGAUUUUACGACGAUGGCUGGAGCAGCGGAGGAGGAGGUGGAUUUUACGACGGAGGAGAGAUGGACCCUUUCGAUCUAGGGUUUUAUGACGAACCACCAAACAUGGCUUCUGCUUCUGCUGGCGUUGGUGAUGUUCUCAACUUUUGGUAACUCAAUGUCACAAUCACCAUCAUCUAGAGAGAGACGAAUAUGACUGACAUCAGGGGGUAAACUUGUAAUAAUCUUAUUAUAGAUGAUGUGAUGCUGGGUGUUUAGAUUAUAAGAUAAAGUUAACUAAGGCUUAAUCAGUGUUGUAAUGGACAUAAAUGUGUAGUAUGAAGAUGGUGAUGUGAUUGUAAUUGGG